AGCAUGCCACUUUUUGGCUGGAUGAAAUGGCCAAAAUACGAUGCCUACAAACCCGCACACUGUCCUGGCUCAGAUGUAGUGACAAAGACCCUGCUUCGGGAAUUAAAGUGGCAUCUGAAGGAGCGAGAGAGACUAAUACAAGAGAUUGAAAAUGAACAAAAAGUAAAAAAAACAGGAGUGGAUUACAACUGGCUGAGAAACCACCAGAACCCCCACAUGACCAUCCCGGCUACUGAACAAAGACAACUUGAAGUCCUUUGCUCACAAGUUCAACCUUGUCAGACCGGAACUAUUCUCAGCAGAUUUCGAGAAGUUUUAGCAGAAAAUGAUGUACUGCCAUGGGAAAUAGUCUACAUCUUCAAGCAAGUUCUGAAAGACUUCCUAAACAGUGCUGACAAAGGCAACCAGCAGGAAGGCCUGGAAGAGUCAAGGAACACAGACUGUCCUGUUCCUUCUGUGAUGCCAGGCUCAAGCUCCAAGAGUUCAGACAAAGACGAAAUACCCACUAUUUCCAGUUACGUGGACAAAACCACAAAGAACAGGUUCCCAGCAUUCUCACACAGAAUAUGGAACCUACCAUAUUAUUACCCAUCAAGUUAAGUUACUUAUAACCAGAGGAGUUUCUAUGACCACCUUUAGAAGCAGAACUCUUAAUAUUAAAAGAAAAAGUGAUGUGAUUUCAUGUUUUGUUGCAAAGUCAGAUGUUACGUAGUGUUUAACUCUGCAUCCUAGGUUUUAAGUAGUGUUCCUUUUUUAACCGCUCUACAAAUGCAAUGUUUUAUUAAACAGUCUACUUUUAACUAAAAUGGUUCCAAAUAUUUUGAAAAAAAUGUUUGAAGUAUUUUCUUAUACCUCAAACAUCUCUCACAGGCAUUUUAUUUAGUAUGAAACUGGACAAAUUCUGUGUGGAAAUUAGACAUUAACCUUGACUUUUAUUCUGAAAGGAAGCUGUAUAGAAUAAAAUAAAUGACUGAU